ACUGCCUGCGAGAUGAAUCCCGCUCUACACGCACUCACAGUCCUUCCAGCGACCGCUCGGGACAAACGCAUCCAUCCCCCUCUCAACCCGUCUCUCUAGACCCUCACAGACACAUUGAAUGCGCGAGCCCCAUCACCCUCGCGUGGUUUCGGCGUGAUUCGUGGCAAUGCUGGACUCCGGCGGCGUGAAGGUGCUGAAGGAGGGCGUGCUGGAGAAGCGCAGCGACGGGCUGCUGCAGCUGUGGAAGAAAAAGCGCUGCGUGCUCACCGAGGACGGACUGAUGCUUCACCCGCUCAAGCAACACCACGAGGAACACCAUCAUCACCACCACCACGACACGGGCUGCAAGGUGAAAGAGCUCCACUUCGCCAACAUAAAGACCGUGGACUGCGUAGAGAGAAAGGGCAAGUAUGUGUACUUCACGGUGGUGAUGUCGGAGGGCCGAGAGAUUGACUUCAGGUGCCCGCAGGAUGAGGGCUGGAACGCGGAGAUCACUUUGCAGAUGGUCCAGUACAAGAACCGACAAGCCAUCCUGGCUGUCAAAUCCAGCCGCCAGAAGCAGCAGCUGCUCGUGGUGUCCGCGCAAAAGAUGGUCCGAAACGCGCAAUAGAACACCGGAGAGUCGGGAUAAUAAAGAGACCACCUCAGCGGGACCCCUGAAAGAUGUGUGUCGGUGUCGUGUAUUGUGUUAAACAGAGGUAAAAUGGACAUUCACCGGAUGAUCUUUGGAUCUUUGCGGACUCUUCUCAAAUCCUUGGACCCCCAGAGCUGCCCCAAUCUGGCACGUAUCCAUGGAGACACUCUUCAGGAGUCCAUCUUUUUUUCUUUUUUUUUUUCUCUGAUGGUCGACUUAAAAAAUUGCAAAUGGAUGGAGAUCUAUCACCAUGCAGUCUUCAAUUUGAUUAUAUUUAUUUGUUCAUUUGUUUUUAAUAAGGUCAUUUUCAUAUCUGAAUGUUGGGUUGUGUCUCUGAAAGUACACAUGCUAUAAUAGUUAGAAUGUAGUUAGCAUUUAAUGUCAUUUUUUAGUUAUGAAACUGCCACAAAGUCAGAAUUUGUUUUGUUGUUUUUAAGAAAGACACAUUUUAUAGUGUGAAGGCUCCACGCACGCUACGUCUCCAUGGUAACACGCUCAACAAGCCACGUGAUAAGAUGCGCGGAUUGACGGUCUCAGACGUGGAGGCAACUGAGAUUCGUCCUCCGCCACCCGGAUUGAGGCGAGUCACUACGCCACCACGAGGACUUAGAGCGCAUUGGGAAUUGGGCAUUCCAAAUUGUGGAGAAAAGGGGAGAAAAAUCCCCCCCCCAAAAAAGACACAUUUUAGACCGCUGAUCUUGAAGGUAUAGUGGAAAUAUUUCAUUGACUAUACUACAUUUCUUUUGUUCAAACCAAAGAAUGAAUUUCAUCAUUGUAAAAUCUUUUUACUGGGUGGAUCUGUGCCAUGUUGACAUUAAAUAACUCUGAUCAUUUAGAAAUAAUACAGUGUUAAGGUUACAAAUGCCUGCAUAUUUUAAUAAUGGAAGGCUACGGACCUUAAUCAGCGUAGACGAAAUAUUUGAUGUGAAUGAAAACGAGAUACAUAUGAUCAGGGCUGUUUCUGACCGUCCUGGCAACCUAGGCGAGACUGCAAUUGUCGGGGGAGUGCGCAGACGCGGUGGUGUAUUAGCGCGGCAACCGCCUCAUCUGGCCACCCCCCCCCACCCAAGGCAACCGCCCGGUUAACCUAAGUCUAGAAACAGCCCUGCAUACAAUACGAAAAUGACAUUCAUUUAUGUGUUGAUUUAAUGAUCAAUGGCAAGGGAUAAAACAGUACAAACACAGCCUCUUUUUUUAUUAGUUUCUAAAUAAAUAUGGCAUUGCCCUGAUUACGGAUUUUGAUCGAUAUUAUGUUACAUACAACUGUUCUUUGUUACAUGCACUGUAUGAACUCGAAAGUACCAACACAAAUAUUGUUCAUUUGUCAGAAAUGCCCCAAUGAUCUGUAACGAUAUACAGCUGCUAUGGAGAACUGUGAAUGACUGAGCUGUUGUUUGCUGUGUGAAGAUUUUGGUUUUGGUUUUUGAUGGAACGGUAUUGUUCCCUGAUCUGAUGUAAAUGCCCCUUUCAUACCUUUGAAAUACACAUUCCAUUUCAAG